CGCAAACUAUUCGAUUGUAAACAAAAACUUAUACUUUUUUCUUUCACACUAUCUUCCUAAGUAUGCUAGAAGCGUAAAUGUUGAGUAAAGAAAAUAAAGAAAUAGUUAUCCCAAGUUCAUCUCCUCCUGGUACUCCAGUGUGCGAGAAUAACCAAUUCUAUAUAAACAGUUCUCCGAUAGAAGAGUCUCCUGUACAUAACGCUGGGAGUGAAAAUGAUCAGAAUAAUAUAGAUUUUGGCGUAAGAAAAGAUUUUCGAGAAAGACUGAAUCCUUUAGCGUUGGAAUCGGUGACAUCUGGGGAUAUUGACGGUCCCAAAACUAUAAACAGAAACCUUCAAGAAAAGAACGCCAAGCAAAUUGAGUCGAAGCAAGGAUUUGAAAAGGAUUCAGAUUGGAAGACUGUUUCCGGAAGCGAUGAUACUGUAAAUACUGAAAUGAUAAACUCCAAAAUUGAAAUGGUUAAACGUCGAUUUCCUGAAUUAGACGAAAAUGACAUAGUGGAUAAGUUGAAAAAAUUUAAUUGGAAAGAAAACAUGGUUCUUCAUAAACUCACCUUUCAAAGGCUACUUAAAGAGCCAAGUGGGCAUGUUUCGAACAAAACUUCACAAGAACAAAAAGACGAUAAGUCUGUGAAACCUUUGUUUUCCAAAACCAAUAUACCGAGAAAAAGAGACAUCAAGAGCCGAAAGCCUCUUGAAUCAGCUAAAUCUCGGAAAAAGACUUCACGUGUAAUUCAACUUUCUGAUGAAGAGAAAGAAGAAGAAGAAGAAGAAGAAGGGAUUAGUACAUCAUCAGUUACUGGUAAAGCCAAUACUGAGGAUGAAAGAGAAGUCACUUCAGAGGAGAAGCCUGAUGAACACCAAGUCCAAAAUGAGAGUGAUGAAGAAACUGACUAUGAUAAGCGAGUACUUGAUUUUUUGAACAGCUGUACUUCACAAGAAUUACUGGAUGUGUCUGGUUGUCCUCACGAUAUUGUUGAAUAUUUUAUUUCCAAGAGGCCAUACCCAAGUCUGAGUAAGGCUGAAGUCGUUCAUAGGAAAAAAAUUACUGAAAAACAAAAGCGUUCAAAAUCGGACGCCCAUCGAGUUGGAAAGAAAGUUGUGAAUGCUACAUAUGAAGUUUUACAAGGUUUCGAUGCCGUUGAUUCCUUGAUUAAUCGUUGCGAAAAAUACGGACGCCUCAUAGCAAACACAUUAAAAGGGUGGCAUUACUUACAACAAAGCAAAAAUAAUGACAAUCCUAAAAGUGAAAGCGGCGAAGAAUGCAUACCGAUGGAGUACAUGGAAGAGCAACCGGGCUUGCUGGCACCUGGAAUGAAAUUAAAGAGCUACCAAAUGAUGGGUGUUAACUGGUUACGUUUAAUGUAUCAUGCUGAUUUAUCAGGGAUUUUAGCGGACGAAAUGGGGCUUGGAAAAACAUGCCAGGUUAUAGCAUUUUUAGCUUCAAUGAAAGAGAAAAACAUUAAAGGUCCUCAUUUGGUCGUAGUUCCUGCAUCUACUCUUGAAAAUUGGAUUCGGGAGUUUACUAAAUUUUGUCCUUCUAUACGAGUUGAAGAAUACUCGGGAAAUCAAACUGAGAGGGUAGAAAAAAGAUAUUAUCUGAUGGAUAACGAGUACGAUGUUUUGGUAACAAACUAUCAUAUGGCUUCGGGUUCUAGGGAUGACAGAGCAUUCUUACGAAGACAAAAAUUUAAUAUUUGUGUUUUUGACGAAGGGCACUAUUUAAAAAAUCGCAUGUCAGAAAGAUACAAGCACUUGAUGAAUAUCCCAGCCAAGUUUCGCCUUUUGAUUACUGGAACGCCAUUGCAAAAUAAUUUGAAGGAGCUAAUCUCUUUACUUGCCUUUAUGUUACCUAGGAUGUUUGAUAGUAAUAUGCAAGGAUUGGAUAUAAUUUAUAAAAUUAAGCCUUCUUCAGAUGGAAAUUUUGAAAGAGCUUACCUUUCUCAACAAAGAAUAUCUAGAGCAAAAUCGAUUAUGAAUCCCUUCAUUCUUCGUCGCAAAAAGGCUGAUGUUUUGUCUGAUCUUCCAAAGAAAAUCCAGCACGUUGAGUAUUGUUCUAUGGAACCUAGUCAAAAGGGUCUUUACGAAAAAUUGAUUCAACUGCGGAAUGAUCCAUCUAGCAGUCGUGAAAAUAUUAUAAUGCAACUUCGAAAAGUUGUCAAUCACCAACUUUUGUUUCGUUCUAUCUACUCUCCGGAGACGUUGAAGACGAUGUCAAAAAGAAUCUUACGGGAAGAUCAAUAUUUAGAUGCGAACGAAAGUUAUAUUUAUGAAGAUAUGGAAGUGAUGUCGGAUUUUGAGCUUCAUCACCUCUGUAUGCAAUUCAAGUCUUUGCAUCAGUUCCAGUUGCAAGGAGAUCCUUGGAUGAAGUCGGGAAAAGUAAACAAGCUAGUUUCAUUGUUACAUGAAGUUAACACAGAAGAUCGAACUUUAAUUUUUAGUCAGUUUACUCAAGUAUUAGAUAUUCUUGAGCUCGUCCUGACAACCAUCGGUAUUAAAUUUUUACGACUAGAUGGUUCUACUCCAGUAGAUACAAGGCAAAGUCUACUAGACGAGUUUCACGAAAAUCCUGAGUAUAAAGUUUUUCUGCUUUCAACAAAAUCAGGAGGGUUUGGAAUCAAUCUGACUUGUGCCAAUGUUGUCGUCAUGUAUGAUUGUUCUUUCAAUCCUUUUGAUGAUUUGCAGGCAGAAGAUCGUGCACAUCGAGUUGGACAAACUCGGCCUGUUCACGUUUAUCGUCUGAUUACGGAAAAUAGCAUUGAGGAAAAUAUACGCAAGCUAGCAGCUACCAAGCUGACACUCGAGUCGAGUCUUACUACAGAAUCCGAACGGAUUCAGAAGGAAAUUACUGAAGAUCUAAUUCAUAGUUUAUCUUAAUAGUUUAUUUAUGGUUUCGAUUUCAAUAACAAACAUGUUUGCUCAUCC